ACAAAUUCGUUGAACUUUUACGUCUCUAUGAAUGGACCGGCAAUUAAAACUACUACAACUACUCAUCUGGCAUCAAAUAUGUUACAAAAAUGUGUCUUUAGCUAAAGCAAUCGCCCAAAAUAAAUAAUUUGUUAUCCGGUUAUCACCGUAAUGUUUGUACAACCCUAUCUACCUAUACAGGAAAACGCAGACAUGAGUCAAGUCCUAGCCGAAAAAAGGCUUCUUAUAACGUACUCACUGUGCACAGUAUUGGGGGCUGUGGCCAGCAUCACGACAGGCAUCGCAUGGGGGCACUGGAAGCUGACUCUAGACCAGUGCGUCAAUGGAAAAAAUUGCAGCUGUAUUUUAUACGGCCAACACACACCGUCCAAAUUUCUAGGCGGUAGCGCGGCCCCUUGCAUUUGGGUGACUUUCGGCCCCCUUUUCUACGUCCUCUUCACCAUCGCAAUGUCGUGCUUCCACGGCUAUCGAGUCAUUUUCAGCUCACGUUCGGUCAAGACACGCACCGUCAUGAGCAAAAACGAUGCUGGUGAAACGGUGGAGACACGUCUCGUCCAAAUCGACGACACAGCCCCCCUUCCACGUUCGUUUUGGGUCACUUUGGCCGUCCUUACGUCCAUAUGGACGGUCUACGCCCUCGUCCACUUUGCCAUAUUUCUGGACGGGUUCUACCACACGUGCAACCAAUAUCGAAGGACGCUCGAGAUCUUAUUAGGAGUCCAUGGAACUGCAAUUCCAGUUAUUCAUGGACGGUUGUCUUGCCAAAGCAUUUUCGAUUUUAUGGACUACAUGCAACCGAGUAGCGGAUACGGAUACAGGGACGGUUUUAUUUACACAGGGGCGGACCUAAUUAUCGGGAUUUUAGCCGCGUGUUUCGCGUGGAUUCUUUUUGCCAUGGCCUCGUUUAUCAACAUUAAGAGGGCAAAAGUACAAGAGUAAGGUAAACAAAGUACAAAGUAACUACGGAUUACUAAAGUUAGGAUACGAAACGACGUACAAAUAAAAGUUAAACACUAUUCAACAUUAAACAAAUUCUGUCAAUUUUCGCCCAUCAGAAUCUGAUAAAAACAAAGCAGUUAAUAUGUAUCUGCUUUUAACUUUAUUUAUUUAAACAUGCACUACAAUUUUAAAUGUCACCUUUAUUUUCUAAGAUACCUAAAAAUCACCCUUUAUUUAUUUAAGAAGUUUUUGUUUUUUUUUUUUUCAAAAAAUUAAGCCAUUUUUACACAUUAUUUUCUAUAGUAGGUAUUAUGUUGUCAUUGACUGUUUUCAAAGACAUUUAGUGUAUUGUACACUACUCAGACUUUUUCUACCAGUUUUUAUCGUAAAAUUUCUCUAUAAUAUGAAUUGAAACUACUAAAAACUUUUUAAAACUCAUUAACUAAACAUCUAAGAACUUACGAAGUAAAAACAUAUGAGGAAAACUAUUGACUAUUUAUUUAAAAAAUAAAUCAAAAUUAAGCCGUCCUUAAAAUUUUGCCACCCUGGGCAAAUAGCUCGUUUAGCCCAUAAGUAAAUAAGCCACUGUCCAUUUACCUCAAGUUUUCAGAGUAACGAAUUUAAAAAAAAAUACAACGGUUAGCGAAAAGCAAAUGAAAAAAUACAGAUAGAACAUUAAAUAUUCAAUAGUAAUAUAAGACAAAAGUAAUGCGAAAAUUAGAUCGUGAACUAUAUCAAAAAAAAACUUUUAGCAAUUUGCACUCUGUCUUGUCUUCUAGUCUUCAAAACGCUGGGAAUGCGGUUACAGAAACAAUAAAAAUGUUAGGAAAAAAGUUGAAAUGAAUUAAAUUUUCUAAAAAAAAAUAAGCGAGACCGUAUCCAUCAUAUCUUCGAUCGUUUAGGCCUCAAAGUAAAAUACAUUUAUUGGUGAUUGAAUUGCGUAUAAAUUGGCCAAACCAAAAACGCCAGAGACUGCAAUGAAUCCUGACAAAAGUUAUGGAAACUGUGAACAGUAAUCCACAUAUCAGCUAGAGGCUAAUUUGGAGGCAAACUGGGAUUAACCGGGUUCUAAAAUUAUCAUUUCAAAUUGGUCCAAACGUUAAACGAAGCUGAUUAUGAAAGUGAGUCCUCUGUUACAUUAUAGAAGAUAAAACCAAAUCACAAACAAAUUUAUAAUUAUUAGUGUUUUUGAAUCAAGUAGUAAUUGAGUAAUGUAUUACUGGUUGCAUUUAAAAUUCGUCAAAAAUUAUGUGAAUCACCCUGUUUGAAUUUUUUAUUAAAUCUAAAAUUUGGAUUCAUUCUUUAAUUUUUUCUUUGUUUUGUUUGUGAAGUUCAUUUGAAACUUCACAAAAAUAUAAUUAAGUUAAAAGAAAAAUAUAAUUAUCAUUUGGUUCUGAUAAUUGAGUGGUAAAAUGAAACGGAGUGCAAAUUUUAAUUAUUUUUUGUCGCCAUUUUGACGCUUUAAUAGAGAUAUUAAAGCACGCAACGUCAUCAAGUGUGAUGUCAUAAUAGUAAUUAUUUGACGAAACAUUUUAGAUUG